AUGACGUUGGACGUGGGCCCCGAGGAUGAGCUGCCCGACUGGGCUGCGGCCAAAGAAUUUUACCAGAAGUACGACCCUAAGGACGUCAUUGGCAGAGGAGUGAGCUCUGUGGUCCGCCGCUGCGUUCAUCGUGCUACUGGCCAGGAGUUUGCGGUGAAGAUCAUGGAGGUGACAGCUGAGCGGUUGAGUCCUGAGCAGCUGGAGGAGGUGCGGGAGGCCACGCGGCGGGAGACGCACAUCCUUCGUCAGGUCGCCGGCCACCCCCACAUCAUCACUCUCAUCGAUUCCUACGAGUCUUCUAGCUUCAUGUUCCUGGUGUUUGACCUGAUGCGGAAGGGAGAGCUGUUUGACUAUCUCACAGAGAAGGUGGCCCUCUCAGAAAAAGAAACCAGGUCCAUCAUGAGGUCUCUGCUGGAAGCAGUGAGUUUUCUCCACAACAACAACAUUGUACACCGAGACCUGAAGCCCGAGAAUAUUCUCCUAGAUGAUGAUAUGCAGAUCCGACUUUCAGAUUUUGGGUUCUCCUGCCACCUGGAACCUGGCGAGAAGCUUCGAGAGUUGUGUGGGACUCCAGGGUAUCUAGCACCGGAGAUCCUUAAGUGCUCCAUGGAUGAAACUCACCCAGGCUACGGCAAGGAGGUCGAUCUCUGGGCCUGCGGGGUGAUCUUGUUCACACUCCUGGCGGGCUCCCCACCAUUCUGGCACCGACGCCAGAUCCUGAUGUUACGUAUGAUCAUGGAGGGCCAGUACCAGUUUAGUUCACCUGAGUGGGACGACCGUUCCGACACUGUGAAAGACCUGAUCUCCAGGCUGCUGCAGGUGGAUCCUGUGGAGCGCCUGACAGCUGAGCAAGCCCUACAGCACCCAUUCUUUGAGCGCUGUGAAGGCAGCCAAGCCUGGAACCUCACCCCCCGCCAGCGGUUUCGGGUGGCAGUGUGGACCGUGCUGGCUGCUGGACGGGUGGCCUUAAGCGCCCACCGUGUCCGGCCACUGACCAAGAGUGCGCUGUUGAGGGACCCUUACGCGCUGCGGCCAGUGCGGCGCCUUAUCGACAACUGUGCCUUCCGGCUCUACGGACACUGGGUGAAGAAGGGUGAGCAGCAGAACCGGGCAGCCCUCUUCCAGCACCGGCCCCCGGGGCCUUUUCCCAUGAUGGGCCCUGAAGAGGAGGGGGACUCGGCUACUAUCGCUGAGGAUGAGGCCAUGCUAGUGCUGGGCUAG